GUAUUUGGCGGCAUUUCGCCAUCUUGGUUUUUUCUGGGCGAGGCAGAGAAGUUGUGUGUGAUUUCGCGGAGUUGGUCUUGCUUAUAGGUUCGCCCAAAAUGGCAUCGAGAAGUGUUCGAAAGACAGUGGUGACGACGUCAACUACAUCGUCGCGCAGUUCUUCUCGCGACCAAGGAGAAGGCGAGGAUGUAGCUUCCAGUUUCCGAAGUCCGGAAGCUUCCGGCAGCAAAGACCGGUCAGAGCGAUCACGCUCGCCGCUCAGCCCAACUCGGGCCUCGCGUAUUCAAGAGAAGAAUCAGCUGGCGCACCUCAACGAUCGUUUAGCAGCAUACAUCGAUCGGGUACGGCAUCUGGAAACCGAAAAUCAACGGCUAACGCAGCAAAUUGAGACGAGCGAGGAGACUCGUUCUCGUGAGGUGACCAGCGUCAAGAGUCUUUACGACAGAGAAUUAGCCGAUGCCCGUCGGUCGGUGGACCUCACUGCUAACGAGAAUGCUAAACUGCAGUUGGAAGCGAAGAAGUGGCAAGCCGAAGCGGAGACCUUGCAAGCUAAGUUAACAAAGCGAGAUCGAGAGUAUGCUGCUUCAGAGAGGAGGGUUACCACACUGGAGUCACAGGCUGUUGAUCUUCAGGGACGUCUCAAUCAAGCCCUGGCCCAGCUGAAGGAAGCGGAGAACGAACGCAAUGCGCUGGCCAAGGAAGUUGAGAGACUCAGGAAGGAGCUGGACGAUGAAAUUCUGCGAACGGUGGAUCUCAAGAACAGAGCGAAGACUCUGUCCGAAGAACUUGAUUUCCAACGCUCGCUUUACGAAAAGGAGCUUCAAGAUGUUCGGAUCGUGAAACAGACAGAGAUCACAGAGAUUGACAGUCGUCUCAAGGACCGCUACGAGCAAAAGCUGGAGGAUACACUGCGGGAACUGCGGGAGCAGUAUGAGACGCAGAUGCAGCUGAACAGGCAGGAAAUGGAGGACCUCUAUGAGGUCAAGUUGCAUGACCUGCAAACACUGCUGGAGCAGCGUUCGGCUGACAGUUCGAGCACAAGAGACGAAUUGCUGUCCUACAAGUCCCGAAUGGAAGGCCUCAAUGCACGCGUUGGUGAGCUGGAGUCGCAGAAUGCUUCACUGACAAACCGAGUUCGUGACCUGGAACGCCUGCUGGACCAGGAGCGCGAUUGGCACUCUCGGGCCAUGCGCUCCAAGGAUGAAGAGCUCUCCAAACUGCGUGCAGAGAUUGAGCAGCAGCUGGCCGAAUAUCAGGACCUGUUGGACAUCAAGGUCGCUCUGGAUAUGGAGAUUGCUGCUUAUAGGAAGCUGCUGGAGGGAGAAGAGACACGUCUCAACAUUACCCCUGCUGGCAGUCCCGGCGCAGAGAUGUACUCCACACCACAUCCUCGUGGCACGAAGCGCAAGCGAACCUUCAUAGCUCGUCGAGAGGAACACAGCAAUUCUGACAUGCAGGUGUCUGCCACCGCGAAAGGUGACAUAGAGGUAUCUGACCACUGUGCCGAGGGCAAAUACGUUGCAGUGCACAACAAGGGAGCGAAGGACGUGCCUCUGGCAGGGUGGCAGAUCCGCCGCAAAGCCGGCGACGAAGAGUUUACCUUCAAGUUCCAUCGCACCCAUGUCAUCAAACCAAAGGCCACCAUCACUAUCUGGAGUUCAGACAGUGGAACGGAACACAGGCCUCCAGAGCACCUUGUGAUGCGCAACCAGAAGUGGCCUCAAGGGGAGUCCCUUCGGACUGCUCUCCUAAAUUCAGAUGGGGAAGAAGUGGCAUCGAGGGAGAGCAACAAGAGGCAGUACUCUCGACUCUUGGAGCGCUCCUCGGGCCACAGCGGAGGUGGCUUCCGGUCUGGCAAUGAGCACAUGUUCCACGAACACGGAGACCCAACAAAUCCAGACCGCUGCUUGAUCAUGUAGGGCCUUGUGGCCCUCACUCUGGUGGCCAGCAGGCCUUCACCAUCCGUCACCGCGUGCCAUUCGUCCAUUGUUCCCAUCGUGCUUCAUUGUUUUGUUAUCAUAAAUGCCACGGGACACGUCCAUGCGUGGUUCACAUCACGUGCUCUCCUCUCUCUCUGCAUCCCCUGGACUUCCCGGGAGAGUUCUUUAUGAUUUACAGCCCAGCAUUCUUUGGUUCUUUGCCACUUUUUUUUAGCAUUAUGGUAGUCAUUUUUAAUAUUUUUGCAUUUCACGGUAGCUUGAAAAACAAACUUCAGUGUUUGCUAUUUAAAUAUAUUAAGCAUGCUUUUUGACCAGAUGCUUUAUGUGUGUACUGCUGCUUCCUUUUGUGGGUAAGUUAAUUUUGUGCGUUUGUUUUAACGUGAACCCUCACAGCUGAAUGUAGGCACCAAAUAUGUGCCUGUCACCAUUACUUCAUUUCUUCUUUUGCAGUCUUUAGUGACGUAUUAACUUAACAAGGUGGGCUAGUAGGUAACUGCUCAUCGUGAAGGAUCAGUGCAGAGAUUUAAGCGUGAAAACCGUUAUGGCUGGUUCCUUGUUUUCUGUGCUGUCCCUUCAACUUCAGUGGUGAUGCUGGAGGUACGCUGCUUGUUCCUGCAACAGUUUCGUCAAAGUAAAGGUUGAGAAAAUAAGAUGUACAUUGCGUGCUGUAUUGAUAGCCGAAUAUAACAGCUAUGACUCGCAUAACGUCAGAGAAAUCUACGUAAAAUCGGUGCUAAAGGUAUUCCUGCUCUGUGUAGGAAAAAAAACUUGAACAACAGUGAAUGACAAUGAUAUGGACAUUCUUUCCCUGUAUGUUGGCUACUGUUGCACUUAUAUGCUAAAACAGUUGCCUCGUGUGAAAGCUAAUAGUAGUAUCUUUGAAGCUGCAGAGAUCCUAUCAGUAAAGUUCACUUACAGUUUCCUGGCUUUUCUGCUCGCCUGUCACUGCUGUCUUCUCUUUCGGUUUCACCCUCAAACCAUCGUCAACCGUGUGCUUGUUCCGUUCGCAGUUUUUUUUAGCAGAAAGUGUCAUCAUCUUCCUAACACUCGUACAUUUCUUAUUAUUAAUAUUAUCCUCUAUACUUGCAUAAUGUCUCUGUGCCCUUAAUGGCAUUGCACAAAAUACGCUUGUGGGCAAAAAUCAUGGCAAUCGUCAAUUACCAAGACAGUCUGCCGAAGUGACGGUCGGAAGGUUCUUGUCCUCUUGUUUUUGUUCUUUCAGAAAUGUGACAAAGGUGUCUAAUAUGCUAACGCAAAAUAGUACCUGGAAAAUUUCUGCUUCAAAACUUUUGCCAGUGAUGAAAAACUUGUCAGUGGACUAUUGAUUCAGUCGCGUAACCACCAGCAUCGUCAAUAAAAUAUUGUGUUGCCCGUUUGGCAACACUGUGUUUUCCUACACGAUCAAAAAAUAAAGUGGUCCUUGGCUAAC